ACCAUAUCACGGAUUACCUUCACUAUAUCGAAAAACACAAGAAAUAUGGAAUUUUGAUAUAUCUGACGGUAUACACAAUUUGCGUUUGGCUAUUCUUACCUGGCUCAAUAAUAAGCAUAGCCGCGGGGUUCUUGUUCAAACCACCGAUAUUAGCAGGCGCCAUCAUUAUAAUUGGCGAUAUUUUCGGGGCAUUGGGAACUUUUAUCUUUGGGAGAUAUAUCUUUUCCGAUUGGGUCAAGGCUCAGAUCGAGAAAAGGCCGGUGUUCACCGCUUUGAACAAUGUUAUAACCGAAGAAGGAUGGAAAAUCGUGGUUAUGCUACGUCUAACUCCGAUACCAUUCAACCUUAUAAGCUAUUUCUUUUCGGUCAGUUCUAUAGAUGUAAGUUAUCAAUUGGCACUCAACCAUGAAUUAUCAUUGAAACCAUUUCAACUUUUCACAUUCCUUUGGGCAACCGCUGUCGGAGUUUUGCCCGGUACCUUUAAUGCGGUAUGGAUUGGAUCACUCGUGAAAAGUUUGAGUGGUUUGGACAAUCCGAAUCUAAAAAACAAAGAUAUCGUAAUUAUCACAAUGAAUGUUAUAUUCGUUGUAUGCUGUGUGGUCGCAUUAUCAAUAUUCGGCAAGAGAUCUUUGCGCAAGGCGAUGUUGAAAUUGAAGGCUUCCAAGGAGUCAACCAAUAAUAAUGCUCCACUCAUCUCAACAGAGUCCAUCCCUGACGAGGAAGCUAAUCAUCCAUUGGUGGAAGAGGAGCCCCUGACGAUUCCCGAAACUGGGCGUUUCACACGUGCUGAACGAAUUACCCUUUUCAUAAUUGGUAUAGUGGCAUUCCUCAAUUUGGCGAUUUCUGUGCCGCUAUAUUUUUACUUUAGAGCCCAUGAGCCAGAUUCUGGAAGCAUAAAAUA